AAUUUAGUCGCACUAUUACUGUGGCGAAGCUCGGUCAGCUUUAGCUUGAGAUUACGCAUUGUGAAUUUAUACGGAUACGGGGAUACGGAUAAGUGUUUCAGUGGCUUUCGUUGUUUUUUCGUUUGAUUGUCAUUUAAAUUUGGUAUUGCCAUUUCGACUAUUUUGUGCGAGAAGCGGCGAUCGUAUGAUCAAAACGCGUGUUCUGUUGAAGUGCAACAAAAAGUACAUACAUACAUACAUACGUGCUCUGAAGUCAAUUCUCUUUCACGAUAUUAAACAUUCGUGAUUACAAUAUUUGUACACGAGCAGAGUGGUGACAAGUAAAAUCGGCUUCCAAGUUUAUUGUUUGCUUACGUAUUGUACAUAGUCUAACUUUAUUAAAAAUGGAUGUGCCAAAAGUGAAAACCAACCAAAAUGGUCACGAUCAAAAAAACCACGAAGAAACUCUAGAUCGUAUUAUCAAAGCCCUUAAAUCUCCCACCAUGGUGUGUGAGGGUACACAUUUUGAUGGCAAAAUUCCUCACACAUUUGUGAUAUUCGGUGCAUCAGGUGAUCUGGCUAAAAAGAAAAUCUAUCCUACAUUAUGGUGGUUGUAUCGUGAUAAUUUGUUGCCAAUACCCACAAAGUUUUGUGGUUAUGCUCGUUCGAAUUUGACACGUGAUGAUAUAAGGAAAUCGUGUGAGAAAUACAUGAAGGUUCAACCCCACGAACAACAGCGUUAUGAGGAAUUUUGGAAAUUAAAUGAAUAUGUUUCGGGUAAAUAUGAUGGACGUCUGGGAUAUGAGCUAUUACAGCAACAAAUGGAGGCCAUGGAAAGCAAAGGCAUUGCUAAUCGCAUAUUUUAUUUGGCUUUACCACCAUCGGUGUUCAACACGGUGACAGUGCAGAUCAAGGAGAUCUGUCUGUCAAAAAAAGGCUGGAAUCGUGUCAUCAUUGAAAAACCCUUUGGCCGCGACGAUGCUUCCUCCAAAGAACUCAGCGACCAUUUAGCCUCUCUAUUUCACGAGGAUCAACUCUAUCGCAUAGAUCAUUACUUGGGCAAAGAAAUGGUCCAGAAUCUAAUGACCAUACGUUUCGGUAAUAAAAUUCUAGGUUCCACCUGGAAUCGCGAGAACAUUGCCUCAGUAUUGAUAACCUUCAAGGAACCCUUUGGCACCGAAGGCCGUGGCGGUUACUUUGAUCAAUUUGGCAUAAUACGUGAUGUCAUGCAAAAUCAUCUUCUGCAAAUUCUUUCGCUGGUAGCCAUGGAGAAGCCAGUCUCAUGUCACCCCGACGAUAUAAGAGAUGAAAAAGUGAAAGUAUUAAAAAGCAUAAAGGCCUUGACCUUGGAUGAUAUGGUAUUGGGCCAAUAUGUGGGCAAUCCCCAGGGUACUGGUGAGGCUGCCAAGGGUUAUUUGGAUGAUCCCACAGUGAAUCCGGAUUCUACCACGCCCACAUAUGCUCUGGGCGUAUUGCACAUAAACAAUGAACGCUGGCAAGGGGUGCCAUUCAUAUUGAGAUGCGGCAAAGCCUUAAAUGAGCGUAAGGCAGAAGUGCGUAUACAAUAUCAAGAUGUGCCUGGCGAUAUAUUCGAGGGCAACUCGAAGCGCAAUGAACUGGUUAUACGCGUCCAACCCGGCGAGGCUUUGUACUUUAAAAUGAUGACCAAAUCACCCGGCAUUACAUUUGACAUCGAAGAGACUGAAUUGGACUUGACCUAUGAACACCGUUAUAGAGAUUCCUACUUGCCUGAUGCCUACGAGCGUCUAAUUCUGGAUGUUUUCUGUGGCUCACAAAUGCACUUUGUGCGCUCCGAUGAAUUGCGAGAGGCCUGGCGCAUUUUCACCCCCAUACUGCAUCAAAUUGAACAAACCAAGGUGCAGCCCAUACCUUAUGUCUAUGGCUCACGCGGUCCCAAGGAGGCAGAUCGUAAACUACACGAAAGUAAUUUCAAAUAUUAUGGCUCCUACAAAUGGCAUGGCAAUAAAAGGCAAUGAGCAAUUGAGCACCACUUGUAAGAUACCCCAAGGACGUUUGUAAAUUGUUGUACAAAUAUUCAUUUAUAUAGUGGCAAUUCUCCAUGUAUUAUAGUUUAUAUUCCCGAUAUGUUAUAAUGCAACUCAUCACUUUGCUUGUGACUAGGCAGAAAUUUUAAAUGUUCCCCGUUUUCUGUUGCUAACUACGAAUUUAUUUUGAAUAUGCAGGCUAACCCACCGUUCAUAGUAACCCCCAUGUAAUCUCCACCACCCACAUUGAAAUUCUCAAAAAAGUGUACCUUAAUAUCCUAUGGUAAUGUAAUAUCUCCCUAGAUUUCCUCUCAACCCCCUUCCAUUUGUUAAAUAGACAAGCCUAUGUAUACGAAUUUUCUCUGCGUAUAUUUAUAAUAAAUGAACAAAAAAAAAACAAUUUUACUCAUAUAUAAAGCAAACUAUGGAUUUAUGGUUAUUUUUUACACUUAUGG